CAUGGCGGCUAAUAAACAAGAAGCCUUUAUUAUUCCAGCGAAGAAACGUCGUCAGACGAUGGAAGCGUCUACUCAAACCGUUGUACGAAUAACAACUGAAACUGAAGAAGUUUUUCUUGAUUCCGAAAGUAUCAUGCAGGAAUUCCAAGGGGUUUGCAAUACCUAUACUCAAACUUCUCCUUUCUGCCGUGGAAAUGCAGUUAAACGGCCUGUUCGAAACGAAAUCAAAUCUCAGCCCGAACCACCGGUUAUUAUGAACCUGAAAACUUAUAUCGAUAAACAACAACGAGACGAUGAAAAUGAUCAGCCUGUCGUGAAGAAGAUCAAGAAAAACUGCUUUGUAAAGUUCCCCGAACAGGCUACACCCGAAAAUAUGGCUGAAUAUAGGAUAAUAAAAGCUGUAUUAAAUACAACUAAGCAGACAUUGGGUACCGAUUCUCUCUCUCGAGAUACUGUAAAGGAGAUUAAAGAAAUGGUUGGCGAAGUGAAAAAGACGGAGAAUUUUUCGCAAGUCGCUCAAGAAAGACUAACCGUUGAGGAGAAUGUCAAUCAUAAAGUAUUAGAGGAUGAUAUUGAAAAGUAUAAGAAUGAACAUAGCCAGUGGGAAGAACAUCAUCAAAAACUUAAAAGUCAAUUACAAGAGAAACAGUCAGAGGCCAAACUACCUAGGAUUGUCACUCCGCCAGAAAUAUCACCGAUUAAGGCUACUUGGCGCGAAGCUCGCAGGCGAACUUCUCGAUUAAAGAAUUUGGAUUCGUACGUUGAAGAUUUAAAGAGUUUGAACGAGAAACUUCAUCGGAAAACCAAUGGCGUUAAAAAACAACUAGGAGAAUAUGAAAAAAAAAUAGAACAAUUUGAAGGUGGAAUGGAGUCGACAGUCGUUCAAUUAGAACGAAAGCUUUUCUCCUACAAUAUAAAGGACGUUUUAUCUCAGUUUAUAGACUUCGAACUAGAAUAAUGGAACAUUAAAACCUUCCUCUUUCGCAUGGGUUUCGUGCUCUUUCUUCAUUUAUUUCGUUCCCUCUUUUUCUGUAUGUUCAUUUGUUAAUAACCAUUAAAAAGAGUGUCAUCUAAAAACGCCACAUUUUUCGCUUAUCCUUUAAUUAUUAUGUAUUAAUAAUACAUCGUCAUUAUCAUUCAUCAUCAUAAUAAUAAUCAUCAUCGUCAUAAAUUUCACCCAUUUAAAUCAUGUUUGUCUCAAUCACCACUUAAUUAUACUUAUCCUCUCAUAAUCAUAAUAACAAUAAUGAAA